UCAAAUGAAAUAGACGAUCUUUGAUUUUGAGUGACGCUGCUACUUUUUCUGUGGUGUUCAGAGUAUGAAAUCCUGCCGUGCGUUCGAGUCGGGUGUUUAUGUGGACGGACUCCGCGGUACCGGCUGCCUGACCGACAGAACACCGGUCCAAGCCCCAUUCUUUUUUUUCUUUUUUUUUUCUUUUUUUUAUCGUUCAUACCCACCCUUACACUUACCGACAUGCUCCGCUGCAGGGGGUGGGGAGGUGAGAGGGGGGUACGGCCCCUGCUGAAUCAGAGGUUAGGAAUUUGCAUCUGAUUGCUGUUUGUCAACCAAUGAUGUGACUGUGCAGAAGGCUGGAGAGUGUCUCCACGCCUCUCACGGUCUGUGUGUCUGCCUCCGAGCGACAGUCAAACUCUGAAAACACACAAUUCACCGAAUGCGUGGAUUUAUCAUGCAGCCAGUCACAUGAAACCACUUCAUUUUUAGCUGAUAAGACAACACGAGCCAGCUCUCCUUUUCAUCGAUUUGGUGCCUUUUUUUUUUUUUAAUUUGGUGUGUUUGUGUCCCCUCUGAUCUUGAGGGGGAGACCCUGGAUCCAAAAAAGACGGAGGAAAACAGGAAUGGGUCUUCCUGCUCCAAACUGUGUGAAAAUCGAAUUGAAGCCCAUCAUGUGGUCUUUGUAGUCUGUCAGAGAAGUUUUCACCUCGCACCUUCACCGCUCCUGCUCGCGCCUCGCUGAACACUGGAUGACUCAGCUCUGGCUUCAGCUUUGGAUUCCCCCUCACUUCCACAGAAAAACAUCGAAACCAGUUUGUCUUUUGUCUCCAGAGCUACCACCUGACGUUCGACUGCAUGUCUCAAAGCUCCUCCACUGUCUUGCCUCCCCCGCAUCUCCUCAAACUUUUCCACGUGACUCCAAACCUUCAGACGUUGCUCCGUCAAAGGCGCGGCUUUUAGUCGUUCCCCUCCCCCUCCCUGGUGAAAAGGUUUGAUCGUCGACCCCAGCUCGGGCUAACUUCGGCGGUGGGGGGGGAGGAAGGGCCGCUGAACGCAGUUCCGCUUUCCCCGGAGAUGAAGCUGCAGGCCGUCAUGGAGAACCUGCACAGGCAGCAGAGGGCCAAGCUGCUGAUGGAGCAGCAGCUGCAGCAGCAGGCCAUCGCCCAGCAUGCCCAGGUCCGCGCCGGGGACGACCCGAUGGAGAGCCAAGCCCCGGAGGGAGAGCAGGCGCAGAUGGCGGCCCUGGCGGCCAUGCGGGCGGCCGCCGCCGGCCUGCAGAGGGUCUCGGACAGCCCCAUGUCGAAGCGCAGCAGCGGCGGCGAGGAGGAGCACGACGACGACAACGACGACGGGGAGGAGCAGUACAAGGACAUGAUGGGCUCGGACGAGGAGGAGCAGAUCAGCAAACAGAAAUGGGACGAGGGCGACUUUGAAAGUGAGAUGGACGAAGACUACGACGACGACCUGGCCGAGGAAGGUCUGCCGACGGGUCACGACGCCGUGGCUCCCGGGAAGGGCAUCCUUCUGCUGCCCCACCGCCAGCUGCACCCCCACCCUCAGCUGCUGAAGGGCCGUCCCAACGUGGAGCAGGAGCCCCGGGUCGCCGUCCUGCCUCCCCACGCGCCCCACGGCCACCUGGGGGCGCAGGACCACGGAGAGUGGACCUACGAGGAGCAGUUCAGACAGCUCUACGAAUUGGACGGAGACCCCAAGAGGAAAGAGUUUCUGGAUGAYCUCUUCAGCUUCAUGCAGAAAAGAGGAACGCCUGUGAACCGUAUUCCCAUCAUGGCCAAGCAGGUCCUGGAUCUGUACAUGCUCUACAAGCUGGUGACGGAGAAGGGCGGCCUGGUGGAGGUCAUCAACAAGAAGCUGUGGAGGGAGAUCACCAAGGGACUCAACCUGCCUACCUCAAUCACCAGUGCAGCCUUCACCCUCCGCACUCAAUACAUGAAGUACCUGUACCCGUAUGAAUGUGACAAGAGAGGUCUGAGCAACCCCAACGAGCUUCAGGCGGCCAUCGACAGUAAUCGGCGGGAGGGCCGGCGACAGAGCUUCGGCAGCUCCCUCUUCACGUACUCGCCCAACGGGACGCCCACCAUGCUGUCCUCGCCCAAGGUCCCCACACCCAGUGUGGGGCUGGCAGUGGGCACCAACGGAGCCUCGCUGACCUCCAUCCAGAAGAUCAAGAAAGAAGAGGAGGGAGGCCAGCCGCUGCCGGGGGUGGGCAUGGCUCGUCUGCCCAUGGGGCCCAUGCCGAGCCACUCUGUGGCUGCCGCGCAGGCGGCAGCGGCCCAGGCGGCGAUGGCGGCUCAGGUGGCGGCUCUGGAGCAGCUGAGGGACAAACUGGAGGCAGGCGAGCCGCCGGAGAAGAAGAUGGCUCUGCCCGCCGAGGAGCACCACCGGCUGCUGCAGAGAGCCCUGCAACACAACCUGCUGGCCAUGACCGCUCAGAUUCCCAUGAACAUCCGCAUCAACAAUCAAGAUGGCAGACAAGACUCGGCUCUGAACCUCACCACUAACGGCACAAGCAGCAUCAGCAUGUCGGUGGAGCUCAAUGGAGUGGUGUACACUGGCGUUCUUUUUGCCCAGGCAGCAGCCGGGUUGGCCUCAUCCGGAGCGUCUGCAUCAUCCCUCUCCAACAAGCCGGUCAGCAGUCGCGUCGCUCCUCCUCCUCCCCCUCCUCCUCCUCCUCCUCCCCAGCAGCAGCAGCAGCACCAGAACACACCUACCUCAACCUCCAGCAACCCAUUGUCUUAACAAACUCCCAUCUGAUCCACUGUUUUUUGUUUUUGUUUUUUAAUAAUUACCACGCUAAGAAAAAGCCAAAAAAAAACAACCUCAUUUUUUACAUCAUCAAUGCCAAAACAAAAGAAAAAAAAAGAAGAGAAGAACCGUCAUCAGAACAGAAAGACAAACUGAAACUCAGCUCACUUGAAGUACACUAUCUCAGGUUUUCUCUCACAAACUCAUCUCUUUUUGUUCUUCAUCGCCAAAAGGAUUUAAAAAGAAAAUAUCCCAACUGAGAGCCAGUAUAUGCUAAACUUCUACGUAUGCACAACCUGUGAAUUAUUUAUUUCUGCAUAAAUGUACAGAUUAUUGGAGAACAACAAAGAAGGUAAUAACUAGGAAGGCUAAAGCAUUGUUUACACCCACAAACACAGCUACUGACUGACAAUGAUGUUAUGUCCUCCAGAGGAGAUAUCUUUUUUUUUUAUUUUAUCCUUUCAUUGUCAUUAUUAUUAUCUUUAUUGUUGUUAUUUUGUGUUUUAUCUUUGAAAUCUUUAACAAUCUUUUCACUGCAGGAAAAAAAUUAAUCUAUAUAUUUAGAAUUCUAUAAAAAGAAGUAUGAAUAUUCUCUAUUUUUAAUCAGAAAAGCUUUAAAAGUUAUGUGUUCUUUUUUGUUUUGUUUCUUCAGGGCAUAUAAUGUAUGGUUGUGACCUCAUUUUGUGUAAAAACAGAUAACCUUAUUCACAUGGCAGCCGUGGUGGGUUUCUGUGUGGGAGAACAAGUUUUUUUUUUUUUUAAGUGCAGGUUUUCGCUCUGGUUCUGUAGCGAGAGGUUUGCGUCACAUUAAUGUCACAGGGUCUGAAUCUGAAGGAUGGUUUUUGUUUUUGUUUUUGUAAAAUCACCUGUAAAACGUUUGAUCCCGGUCAGGCUCCGAGUGGCAGGCUUUCUGUACAUAUCUGUUUGAUUUGCCGUGUUUUGUUCUUCCCCAAAAAAAAAAAAAAAAAAAAMACGUGGCUGGUUUGAGUCUCAAAUCCACUCCCGUUUGUUGAUGUGAUGCCAGUUGAAAGGCGGUGAAAUGAGCGAAGUCACGUUUUCAUGAUUGUUCUCAGGUGUUUCUCGGCUUCCCGCUGUCGCUUAUUACACUGGACGGAGCAAAGCUUUCAACCUCUUUCUCUUUCUGCCUUUAUGUGGAGUGACUAUAUUAAAGAAGUAGUUCAGAUCUUUUGAAGUGGGAGGUUUGUGAACAGUUUUAUCUUGGCUCUUUGAAUGCCCUUGUCUGAUUGAAUCGAAAAACUAAAGUUUAGUCCAAGCAAGUGGAUUCCUACUGUCUUUUUAUAAAUACGCAAAAAACUUUUAGUGUUUUAGCCUCGUGUCUACAUGGAAACAGUGUUUUAGGAGCCCCAAAGUGGUAAUUUUUUAAAAUAUUUAAAUCAACUCUUUAAUUUAUACUUCCACAAGAUGUGAGACCGCAGAUCAUUACGUCAUUUAGAGUAUCUUUUUCUUACGGUUUAUACACGCGUAGAAGACGCUGGGGAUAAGUCAUCAUAAUCACUCCCAGUGUGGCACACGUAGCAUUUAGCUAACAGUAUAAACAACAACAGUAAUGUUAGGAUUGAUAGUGGGGGGGGGGGGGGGGUCACUCACUGUUGAUCAGACGUUGAAAGAGAGGCUUUUGUUGCCUUUUUUUUGUCUUGUUUGCCUCAGAGAUGGAAAGGUUACACAUUCCGUCUUGGUAAUUUGACAACAGGCCUCCGGCAGCUGACUAUUUCCAGAAAAAGAUGACGCGCAGAAGGAGGUGCUGUACUGCUCCGCAAACUCAAACGCGCCCACAAAGUUUUGACCAAUCGCACCGCAAGACACACUGGUCUGCAAGACAGUUCUGACUGGGCGUCGGCGGGAGAUAGCAGAUGGAAUUUAUGCAAUUUUUGUCACGCAAGACAUGAGAAGGGGAGUAUAAAUUAGUGUAGAUGGCUACAAUGCAACUUUUUGAAAAUGAUUGACACAACCCCAUCAUCUAAUCCAGUGGUUCCCAAGAUGCAUUUAACCAAUUAAAAAAAUAAUGAAUUGUUACAAACUUUUAUUUUAAAAAGGGUGGGAAAAAGAAUGGAGUUAUACAGAGUUUUAAUUAUUCAUACUUGUUUUGAUAAUUUUAUAUACAAACAAUAAAUGUAUAUUUUCUGAGCAGAUGUUGUUGAGAGUCGUACCCCCCCCCCCCACCACCACCACCCCACUACCGUGCUCUCUGCUCCAAUCUGUUCGACAAUCCGAGGGUCGUCGUCGUCAUUUUCUGUUUUAUGUUUCGCCUCCAUCAUGUAAGCUUUAUGUGCGUGCUACGCGCCUCGUUUCCUGUUUCUGGUGUGUUGUUGUGGCAGCGUAAUGGCGCCACCCUACWGGCCUGACAUGGUUACUACAGCAUUUUAGGACUUUGUUUCCAUGUGGAUGAGGAUGUUUCUAGAAACAAACUGAGGCCGUCCAAAGAACUCUCUGCAACACGUACGAUAUUUGUUCAUAAGCUUUCUACAGAACCUCACUUCAAAAGAUCAGAGCUAUCCCUUUAAGAUCAGAUUCACACAUCUGUUUGUAGAUGAAGGUCCUUCCAUUCAAAGUGAAGCGAUUAUUUUUCUGUAACUCCACUAAAUGCUUUUUAUUGUUUUUAUUGGUCACAUGGACAAUCAGCUGUCAGGAGAUGCGUUCAGAUCAUCUCUGAAUCACUGUCACAAUCAUUUUGUUGUUAUUUUCCGUUCGGCUUUGUGUUUUGCAUGACGUAGUGCUUCUUCUGAUCCAAGUGCUUCUUAUCUCGUGCUGUGGAGAUGGACAGGGUCGCCUGUUGAGAAUAUAGCAGAGAAUGUUUUUGUGAUUUAUUCUAUUCUUCAUCGAGCUGAGAGGUGAUCGUAGCGCUUUGUAUUUUGUGUCAGAUUUGGUGCAAAUUAAUGACAGAAGAGACGUUGCGUCUCUUGAGUUUUUUAAGGAGAUCAGUCUUCAGCUCUUUGAACUUUAACCCAUGUUACCUCUCUGGACUGUUAAAUAUUGUUACUCCCCCGCCCUCCUCCACCCCACAGCUGUGCCAAACAGCCUCGUCCCCGCUGACGUGAGGAAGUAAAUCAAGCUUUGUAUGUGGGUUCUGCUCUGAGGCCUUUAACACAGCGUGAGGUGACCGGAGAGCGAGCAGUACCUCCGUCUAAUCACUUUUUACUGUUCAGUCAAAUAUCGCCCAACGGCUGUCCCCGCUUUGAUUCUGUGCUGGCUUCACGGUGGGAGAUCGCCUCCAGCUGCUUGGCAAACACUGGUCACUUUGAAAAACAUACUUUUCAAACUCAAUAAAAAAGGCGCGCUGCUGUCA